GAACGCUGAUUAGGAUAUGGUUCACGGUUGGGGUCAUGAACUCGGUUCUAAACUACUCCUUUUCUGAGCCUCAUCACCACCCAGAAUAUUUUCCUUCCCCCAAUUUGAUUGCCAAGCGUUGUAGGAAAAUUAGAAUGUCAUGCUCAGUCUCAAACCAACUCACCUCUUCAAGCACUGCUCCUCUCUUCUUCAACAACGGCUCUACUGCUCACCCACGUGGUCUCAUGAACCCAACGACUUUAACUACCUUAACCACCUUCUAUCCAAUCAGAUCUCUUCCCUAAAAACCCUCCUCCAAUCCCAUGCAUUCAUCAUCACAAGUGGGUAUUCAAAUAACAUCUUCAUUGCGUCAAAGCUCAUCUCCCUGUAUGCUUCUUUUCACAAACCCAGUUGCUCCACCGAACUGUUUGAUGAAAUUCCCCAUAGAGACGCCUUUCUUUGGAACUCCAUUAUCAAAGCCCAUUUCUCCAAUGGGGAAUACUCAAGAGCUCUUGAUUUUUAUCAGUGGAUGAGGGCCUCUGAGGCUCUGCCCAACCAUUUCACUGUCCCCAUGAUUGUUGCAUCAUGCGCGGAGCUUGAGUUGGUGAAUUAUGGGAGGAGCAUUCAUGGCUUAGUGUCAAAACUUGGCCUUUUUUCAGGUAGUUCAGCGGUUGGAUCCUCUUUUGUGUAUAUGUAUUCGAAAUGUGGAGUUUUGGAGGAGGCAUAUGGUGUGUUUGACGAGAUUUUGUUUAGGGAUGUUGUUGCUUGGACAGCUCUUGUAAUUGGGUGUGUGCAGAAUGGGGAGAGUAAGAUGGGUUUAGAGUGUCUUUGUGAGAUGCAUAGGAUUGGUGGAGAAGGGGAGAGACCAAAUUUUAGGACAUUGGAAGGGGGGUUUCAAGCUUGUGGGAAUUUGGGAGCUUUGUUUGAAGGCAGAUGCUUGCAUGGUUUAGUGGUGAAAACUGGGAUGGACUAUUCCCAAGUUGUUCAAUCUUCGCUUUUAUCCAUGUAUUCCAAGUGUGGGAACCCUGAAGAAGCUCAUCGUUCAUUCUGUGAAGUGCUAAAUAAAGAUAUUAUUUCAUGGACGUCCAUGAUUAGUGCUUAUUCAAGAAUGGGGUGGGCAACUGAAUGCAUAGGUAUGUUUUGGGAAAUGCUGGUUUCUGGAAUAUAUCCUGAUGGAAUUGUUAUCAGUUGCAUGCUUUCUAGUUUCAGUAAUUCCAUGAGGGUGUUUGAAGCAAAGGCUUUUCAUGGACUAAUUAUUAGGAGGCACUAUAUAUUAGAUCAGAUGGUCCAGAAUUCAUUAUUGUCAAUGUACUGUAAAUUUGGAUUCUUAAAACCUGCGGAGAAGUUCUUUGGUAGAGUAAAUGAACAGAACUUUGAGGCUUGGAACUUGAUGGUUUCUGGAUAUGGCAAAAUAGGACUAAUAAUGAAAUGCAUAGGGCUUUUCAGAGAAAUGCAAUGCCUUGGCAUUGAAUCUGAUUCAAACAGUUUAGUUUCUGUGAUUUCUUCAUGUUCCCAAUUAGGAGCAACCCAUCUAGCCCGGUCCAUUCAUUGCUAUAUGAUAAAAAAUUUGAUGGAUGAGAAUGUCUCAGUUAACAAUUCACUGAUAGAUAUGUACGGAAAAUCUGGGAAUUUGACCAUUGCCAGGAGAAUAUUCUGUAGGAUACCAAGAGACAUUGUCACAUGGAACACUUUAAUCUCUUCUUAUGCUCAUUGUGGGCAUUUUGCUGAAGCCUUGUCAUUAUAUGAUAAAAUGGUUUUAGAAGAUCUAAAACCCAACUCUGCAACGUUGGUAACCGUGCUUUCAGCUUGUUCUCAUCUUGCAUCUUUGGAGGAAGGAGAGAAAGUUCACAAUUACAUCAAUGGAGGAAAGUUUGAGUUCAAUUUAUCUAUCGCUACUGCAUUGAUUGAUAUGUAUGCUAAAUGCGGACAACUGGAGAAAUCAAGAGAAAUUUUCAAUUCAAUGCAUGAAAGAGAUGUUAUCACUUGGAACGUGAUGAUCUCAGGUUAUGGAAUGCAUGGAGAUGCCAGAUCUGCAAUAGAAAUUUUCCAACAGAUGGAGGAAUCAAGUGCCAAACCAAAUGGACUUACCUUUCUUGCUGUUCUCUCAGCUUGUGCUCAUGCAGGGCUUGUCAAAGAAGGGAAGUAUUUAUUUGGUAAAAUGCAAAAUUAUUCUGUGACACCCAAUUUGAAGCAUUAUGCUUGUAUGGUAGAUCUUCUUGGCAGGUCAGGUAAUCUGCAGGAGGCUGAAGCUUUAGUUCUUUCAAUGCCCAUUUCUCCUGAUGGUGGUGUGUGGGGUGCUCUGUUAAGUUCUUGCAAAAUUCACAAUGAAAUUGAGAUGGGAAUAAGGAUUGCAAGGCAUGCUAUUGCUUCAGAUGUGGAAAAUGAUGGGUAUUAUGUGAUGAUUUCCAACAUGUAUAGCUCUAUUGGGAAAUGGGAGGAGGCUGAAAAGGCAAGAGGAAUAAUGAAGGAAAGGGGAGUGAGAAAGAAAACUGGCUGGAGUGCAGUGUAGCUAAUUAAGAAGUGGGCAUCAAUUGUGGGUGCGGAUGUCUUCCUACUGCAAUUUCGAUAAGCAUACAAGAGGCACUAGGAUCCAGAAGCAAGAUGAAGUUAAAACUGUGAUGGUACUAAUUCAAGUUGCAUGUUUACAACAGUUCUGUCAUGGCAACUCCAAUGCUAACUUCAGGUGUGGUAGUUAUGCAUGUGCUUAACUCAAUUUGCCCCACUGUUUUUAGUGCUCCCUGAUACAGUCUUGAAUGUUCUCCUGAUAUGAUAGUUAAACCUUAAUGCAACUGUUUUCCCAUACCCAAAAAUUCAGAAUUCUGAAGAGGGGAGAACUAGGCUAGCAACUUCCACAGGUAAGAAACAUUAUUUUAGCUUGCUUUAUUCAUGGUUGUCGUGAUCAUGCCAUCACUGGGUUUCCCUAACUGUUUUAGUUCUACAUGGCAACAUAGAAUUUGAAUAAGUUGCUCAUACUUAAUUUUUUUUUUUAAAUUAUACUAAAUGACUUGUGCUGAUCAACAAAAUCAUGUAUUGGACAAUUGGUAGGAAGUAAAUUUUAGUGCUUGUGCCAUCUAGAAGAUUGCAAGGGUUGUACACAUAGCAGCAGUUCCAUUAUUGAAUGAAGAAGGUCCUUUUGAAGUCCAACUUUAAGCAAAAAGCUCAAUAGCUGCAUGGAAUAUAAAGUCUACUAAGGUCAUCCUUUUUUUCUCAAGGUCUGGCUGCAGUCUUUCUACACGAGCUACUUGGGCUGGUUCUCGGCAGCAUUAAGCGCUUGUGACUGAAAAAAAUGAGCAAGUACGAGGGCGAUGGCAGUGUUGGUGGCUGUGGUGGUGAUCGAUACUUGGGGGGAUCUCAUGCUAACUGCAGACAUGACUCCUAGCCAGGGGUUAAUUGUAUUUAACUAAAUCGUAAGGGGAGGAGAGUGAAAUUCACCCUUUAAACUUUUCAUCCUGAAAAGGAAACUUCUAUUUUAAUCAUUCCUUAGUUAAAUUAAAUAAUGUCAUAUUUCAACUUUUUCAUCCCAAUUCUUUUUUGUGGAGUGUUCUUACUAACACUUUAUCUUGUAUA